AUGUCACCAUAUAGGGUGGUCUAUGGAAAAGUUUGCCAUUUGCCAGUUAAGGUGGAACACAAAGCAUAUUGGGCAGUGAAGACCUAUAAUAUCCACCAUGACUUAGCUGGGAAGCAGAGGAAGUUGCAAUUGCAAGAGCUAGAGGAGUUACGCCUUGAGGCCUAUAAGAACUCAAGAAUUUACAAAGAAAAGACCAAGAGGUACCAUGACAAAAAGAUAUCAAGGAAGGACUUUUCUAUUGGUCAAAAGGUCUUCUUGUUCAAUUCUCGCCUCAAACUCAUGCCUGGAAAGCUCAAAUCAAGGUGGAUUGGAACCUUCACAGUCACAAAAGUAUUUCCUCAUGGUGUAGUUGAAAUCCAAAGUGACUCCACUAGCAAAAGCUUUAUGGUGAAUGGGCACCGUUUGAAGCCAUUCUUACAAAAUGUAACCACUUUGGAGGAAGUUAAGGAGAUUGACCUGCACUCACCAUGCACAAACCUCAACCUCAAUCCUUGGCCUGAGUAA